AGAGCAUGGCUGGAAUCCUCGAUAUUUUCAAGGAUAUGCUUGAUCGUCUUGAAGCAGGAGCAAGAGUAGAUGUUCAAACACACAGACAGAAUCCGCCAGGCGCGUGGGCACCGAUCCGCGAUAGAGUUGUUGCCACAUUGGGGAUGAUCGAUGAUAUCGCUCGUGAAGUUGACGCUGCUCCAGCUGACGCCGCCUGCUCGCGCUGACGCCGCCGCCGCUCCAGCUGCCGAGGAUGAAGCAUAAGUUAGUUUCACCUCAGACGUUUUCGUCUUCUCAAAAAAAAAUUCCAUUAUUUCACCUCAUCACAAUGUCUUCUUCGUUUUUGCCUUCUUUCGUUUUUUUUUAAAUUUUAAUUUGAUUAUAUAAAGGUGGUUGAACGCGUUUGAAUGAUAUAAUAAAAAGAUAACCGGA